AUGCCCCGGGGGGCCGGCGUAGUGUGGGCUCUUGGCGGCUUGCGUGUGCGCGCGGGCUGUGCGGGCGAACGACGUGAGGGUGAGCGCGCGACCCAGACAGACGGUCAGUCAGUCAGUCGCGGCGGGGAGGGCGAUGAUGCAGAUGCCGACGCCCGCCAGGGCCUGAGCACUGGGGAUGCCGCUCUUUUAUCGCCUCGCCUCGCCUCGCGCCACGGAAGAAUCCAUCACACAUCACUCACUCCUCUCGGCCCAUCCGCCCCAGACUGCCAGACGCGCAGUCGCCCAAGACCCCUCCAUCCCCCUCGCCCGUGUGGUCCUCCUCGCUGCCCGCUGAUCUAG